AUGUUCAAAAUCGAAUCUUACAUCACUCCGAUCAUUCUGAGUUACGUUGAAAAGUACGUGAAAAACAUCCGUCCCGAAGACUCCCAGCUAUCGCUAUGGGGUGGCGAAGUGGUAUUUCAAAAUCUGGACCUAAAGCUGGACGUGCUUGAGGAGGAGCUGCAGCUACCGUUUAAUUUCCUAUCCGGCCACAUUCAUGAGCUCGGCAUACGCGUACCGUGGACAAAGAUCGCGUCGGAACCGAUUGUCAUCACUAUCAAUACGAUAGAGUUUGUGCUGAAGCUACGCGACACAAAUGAACGGAACGUCGGGCCAAAGCGGGAACCUCCGCGAAAGGGUAAAAGCACGGAAGAAACUCCUCCACCGGGUUAUAUGGCAUCGUUGAUAAGUAAGAUAGCGAACAACAUUACAAUCCGAUGCCAUAAUGUGAUACUGAAGUAUGUGGAGGAGGACAUUGUCGUGUCCAUGAACAUCCAGCAUCUUUCGAUGGAAUCGGCCGAUGGAAACUGGAAUCCGGCGUUUAUCGACAUGUCCCCGACAAAAGUAUCCCUCCGGAAGUUGAUCAACAUCGUCGAUCUAACGAUUUGCUUGGACAAACGGAACUCUGCGGGUAAGAUCGAGGUUUGUCAGGAACCGGUUCUGUACCGUAGCACGCUACAACUCCGUAUGCUGGUGAGGUACAACGUUUCAUCGCACGAUCGCUCCUCGUUGACCCGCAUCGACGUACAUUCCAAAUUUCUCGACUUUAACGUAUCCUCACAACAGUUUCCAAUGUUGAUGCGGCUGUUUGAUUUAGCCCUGGCGUUAAAGCAGGGCAAAAUUAAAAGCGAACCAGCCCUACCUACCGCUGAAGGAGGCCUGGAUGUGGAAGAUGAAAGUGGCCAAGAGUCGCUACUAUCGUGGGCCUGGAAUUUGCUUCCAUCUUUCUUCCCCGAAGAGCACGAAAGCGAUCAUUCCGAGCAGCACGAUUUUCGCGUAUUGCACACCGGGCUGUACAUCGAUCAGCUGAGAAUAAUCUUCAAAACGCAGGAACUGAUCGGCGAUGGAAUGAUGGGCACGACCAAAAAGAUCAAGUACCAUCCAAUAUUGCGGUUCGAUUUUUACAACUUUUACGGCGAAAUGAUAGCUUGUGGGCUGAAGUGGUUCAACGUGACGCUAGGAAUAUCGCGCGUCCAGGUACAAUCUGUAGAAGAUUGUCCCUGUGGCCAUCGGGAGGGUAGCGUGAAGGAAAUAUUCGAAUCCAUCGAGACACAACAAGAUGGUGAAACGCAUCUAGAGCAGUCGUUCUUCAGCGAUAGUUCUGGAGGUAAUCGGAAGUAUAAUGUGAACUGGAAUUAUCAUCUGAGCAGUUUCAGCCAGGAGCAUUUGUUGCGGAAAUUUCCUGCCAUUGCAAUCGACCUCAUCCACGAGGUAGAACUGCCGGACGAUAGAAGAACGUCCGAGUUUGGAAGCGAUCUAGAGUUUAGCAAUCUGGCAGAGAAGUACAUGAUACGCGUGUUUGUGGGCCGUUUUCGGGCGAAAAUCUCGGCCGAUACGAUCCAUCGAUUCCAGACGCUUGCAUCGUACAAGGAUUUCUACGAGUAUCCACCGUACUAUGAGGACAAACCGAUGCCAACCUUGUCGCAGCUUCCACCGCCUUCCUCGGAAGAUUACGAUGCUCUUAUGGCGGAAAUUCCUCUACGUCAGAUCCACAUCACGCUGCAGAGUCCCACGGUUGAGUUGCAUUCAUUCGAUCAUGGACAGGAGAAUUUGUUGCUGCGAAAGCACAGUAGCGGGAAGAUACAAAACCCUGUUCCGCGACCAUCGAUCACCAUGCAGCUAAAUCGAGUUGAAUGCAACAUCCUGGCCCCACUGUACCCAAAUCGGCUCGUCUACACAACCUGCCAAUUACCGGAACCACCGGUAAAACUGUUCGAUGCCUGCUAUCAAUCGAUUUCCGGCAAUUUGGAGCGACUUCAGAUGAAACUUCAUCAUCCGCGAUGGAACGAUGCAACCAUAGCAACGGCGAUCAGCAUGAACUACCAGCAGCGCAUGUUAAUCCAUCCAGCUCUGUGGCACAACGGGGAGCUUAACAAAGCAGAACACAACCUUACGGUAACAGAUUUGAAGGUAAUCGCCAAUCCACUGCAAGCACUUACGGCGACAUCCACCGUAAGUUCACUUUUGGCGCAACAGGAAUCAUGCACUAUCGAUUGGGAACCAUUGCAACAGCAACUUCCGCUUCCUACGGCGGACUUGCUUCUUUCGUUCAUCCAUCUGCGCAAAGUUGAAGCAGAUCGGACCGAUUGCUACAAACUAUUGGCCCGCAAUUUAAAACUUCUCACGUAUCAACACGAUGCAGCAGACGAAAAAUCACUAACAGCGCUAUGGCCAGAUCAUUCCACGGAGGAGGACUUUCUUACCGUAAUUUUCCAGCUGCCUAAACAGCUUGAUACCACCAUCGAGCAUCCACCGUUGUUGUAUGCGAAGUUGCUGGACAUGAGCCUGAAUUUGGAUCCGAAUUUUCUUGCCUUUUUGGAUCUAUGGCAGCGGGCGAUUCUUUUGCAAGAUUCUCGUCGACGUGCCGGUGGAUCUUCCUCGAAACAUACCCAUCGUUCGGUCCAGCUGCACAAUCUACGGCCGGUAACGAGAAGCGAUGAAAAGAAGGAACACUCAGCGCCGGCUACAUCCGUUCACUCAAGUUCGGGUAAGGUGGGCGUUCCGGGUGGAGGAGGGCCUAUCGUGCACGGACGACCAGCAUCUACAAUCGGUGUAGACGAUGUUGAUACAACGAAGCAUAGUAGCGCCGGAUCAACAGAACUGGUGAAUAAUCCCGAAGAUAAACAGUUUUGGGCAAAGUUGGCGAAAAGGAUCAUUUUUCAUCUGGAAGUGAGCCACUUUACCGUGUGCCUGCCGCUGAACAAUAUUAUCUUCCAUUCGCUUAGCGACUCGCUAGAAGAUGAAUUUGGACAGAAUGAAAUAUUCAUGAUUAAACUUCCGCUGAUCUCUGUAAACUCUGCCUUCAAGUGCCAAACACUGUCCGGUUAUAUUAACCGAUUUCCGAUCAGUAUCGCUAAAUCCGUCUGGCCGCUGGAGAAAGAUAGUUUCCCCUGGACUAUUUCGCUCGCAAACGCAUCGAGCUGGACGUAUCAGAAUGGCGAGAUGAACAAGCUGCUCGAUGAAACGACCACAAACAUUUCGAUGGUGCUUACAUUCAACGAUGACCACACGCCAGCGAAAGCUGCCUUCUGUUCUUCGGCUUGUUUCCACAUCGAUACCUCACCGUUUCGAGUGACUUUAGUGAAGGAACAGCUGAUACUGUUGAGGACCACAUUGGAUCGAAUAAUGCAACUACCGAUGGUGCAAAGCGUUGGCAGCGAUCCUGACGAACGUGGUAAAGCGGAAACCGUCCAACCGUUCCUUGAAAUCCCACAACUUCCGGGCGCUGGUAGUUCGAUCGCGGCAAUAGAUUUGCGAGAAUUCCUUGACAUUGCUCACAAUUCCAGCGGAGGAUCGGAGGAAACGCUUAAAGAAAAAACGACUACAGCGGAAACUGGAACCACCCGUAUGAUGCCCUCGCUAUGGUUACAGUGGACCUUCUCAAAGCUUACCGUAAGUUGCAUCACACGGGACGAAAGUAAUACCGGAGCGCGCAAAGAACGCAUCAAGCUUAAGAUCGGGCUAGAAGAUAUUAUUUACUCGCUAGACAAGCAGGAAGUAUACUCACAGAUGAAAGCCAAAAUUGGUGGCAUGAGUGGUGCAUGUUACGAAUGGCAAGGCACAAGUGGCUGGGUGCGUAACGAAGCGCUUGCCCUAACGGUGCAAACGGGUGAGACAAGCGAAACGAGCAAAGCGACCGGUACGGAUACAUUCUUCUACAUGGUUAUAACGCGGGCCGAAACACAAAACGUGCACACCAAGUGGGACACGGUGAGACGAUCGAGGGAACAUAAUGAAACGCUCGUGGAGGUGCUGAUUAAGAUGGAGCAGGUUGAUCUACGUUUGGAUCUUGAUUUGCUCGGGGAGUGUGUGCAGAUAAUGAAUGUCUUGCAAGCUGGCACACAAGAGCAACCGUCGAAUAUGGCGGAUAGGGAUACAAAUACCAAUUCUGUGCUGGGUGUGAAAGACCUACCACUGAUACUGUUUUCCAGUAAGGGUAUUACGGUGUACCUUCCGCUACGGUCAGGUUCGUCUGAAGAUCGUGCCGAUUGUUCAGUUUACAUCCUAAAGGUGAAUAAUGUGACCGUGCAGUACAAUGUAGAAAAUCCAAUCUGCCGUGUUCCAUUACGUCCGGACGUGUACACGAAAGCGGCUCAGAUGCGCAUCUUAAACGUUCCCGGAUCGAAAAUCGAAGAUCGUCAGUACGAACUGCUGCUGAAGGAAAUCUCGCUCAGUACGGCUGUCUGGACUGAUGUGGUGACGUAUCUGCACGAUCAGCAAACAUCCACCACCCAUCACGAUAAUCCAGCAUUCGAAUGGAACAAUCUUCGACAAGGCGUUCAGCGCACCUCACAUUUCGACGUUGUGACCGUAUUUAAAGAGUUCAACUUUUCCGCCAUCUAUGCACCGUGUAUAAUCUUCAAAAACGUGCUGAUCUGUAGCCGUGCGGUAGAGUUAAACUGCAUGUCGGAUUUGGUAGUCGACUUAGACCUGGAACAGUUACGACUAGCCGAAAAAUUGCUAAGCAAAGCCAAACAGAUCGGAGACUAUCUGUUUCCUGCCUCUAUCGAUGGAGAAUUUUCCCACCAUACGGAACUGGCCUCUGUGCCACCAAUGUCGCGUAGUAAUAGCUCGGUGGAUGCUGGAAGUUUGCUUACGUUUACCUCGAAUGCUCCGAGUGGUGAAGAUACGGGACGGGAAUCGGUGAAAUCGUUUCGCGACUCGGUACCCUCGACACGGGUUCGUCGGAGCAACUCAAAGCUUUCCCGGUUUGAGGAAGAUUCGGGACUGGAGUCUUACCGAACGUCCGAUGGCAAGCGGCCCAUUUCGAGCGGUAGUAGAAGGAGUGGUAACCAGCGACAGCGUAAAAUAUCUUCUAUUUCUUCGGAAAGUUCAUCGAAACCGUUACGCUCGCGAACCGCGUCUUCCCUGGCACAACCAAGCGUGGCAAUCGUUCCGUACGAGGUUUGCCUGCUCGGAGGUUACUUUAAGGUGAAUUUGUACACACAGCAGUGCGAUCGGAGCAGUGUGGCGCCGUCUUUAAAGCUGGUGCUAGUACAACCAAAUGCACUCGUCUCACUAAACCUGCUGGAACGUGUCCUUCAGCUGUCACUGUUCGAUUUGACGCUCGAAGUAGACGAACUGGCGAUCGUUAAAACGGUUACCGGUGAACCGGAUGAGCUGGGAAUUGCUCAGCCAAUCGUCAAAACACGCUUCGUAAACAGCUUGACCAAAAAGAGCCGUGAGCUGAAGGUGGAUUUUAAGCGACCCAUUAAGCUAACCAUUUCCCAUGGGAAAGUGAAAAAGAUUAUGGAACUAGUCGAUUCGUUGGAUAAUCUGUUUACGCCACCGAAGACAAACAAGCAACGUCAAACGGGAACACCCAAACCGUUGCCGAAACCAGUAUUGAGCGGUAAUAAGUUUCUGGUCAUUAAAACACACCUAUUUGAUGUGGAAAAGAUCCAAAUAGGUCUGUCACAAGUUUUGGUGCAUUUGCUGGAAGAGGACACCAAUCGGCCCUCAUCGUACAACAUGAAAUUAUCGUUUUCUUCCGUCAACUCAACGAUAAGGGUACAGGAACGUCCGGAGCGUAUCGUAUUUGAGCUGGAACUUGCCGAACUACUCCUCAGUGCCGGAACAUUCGUCAUUCUACAUCCGUUUUCCUUCAAGCUACAGUUGACGCUUGCACAGGAAUACUGGAAGCGUGACCCACUCGUACAGAUAAAGCUUCAAUCGUCCUACCUACAGCUGGACCUAAUUCCUUACAUCUUUCAACAACUGGAGCUAAUCCAGAGCGAAAUGUUGGACGCAUUAAGGCGGGAUGAAGAAACCGAUCGUAAGGAUUCCGUGUCGACGGUACAAAGCGCAAACAUGACACCAAGCCGGGAAUUGCUUAUACCGAUCGUGCCGCCACGAUUUCAGCAGCGGCGUACGAAAGAGAUGCAGGAAGAAUACUACCAGGAUGAUCUGAGGGCCGGAGCAUUCCAAUUCAUAGAAAGUAUGAAAGCUAACGAACUUCCACUGCCUUAUCAGAUAAAAAUCAUUAACCGCGAGGUAGGCAUCAUCUGUUGGCGUUAUCCACAGCCGAGAGCCCUACACCAGGUGAUCGUGUAUCCCGUCCCGAUGAACACAACCAAAUCCGUUAACAUUCAGUGCAAGCUGGAGCAUUUCACUGAAAUAAGCGGUAACUUCGUGGAGGUGUGUCAAUUCACCCUGUCGGAAAAUGAGAAAACGUUUCUCAAGUUACCGCAGCGCAAGAUUGCAUCGGCCAUUUGGAGAAUCGUUAUGACCCAGAACGUGGUUUACGAUGAGGGAUUGGCUCGGUCACGAGAUGACGAAGACGACGACGGAAUUAGCAUGAUGCGAAAUGGUACGAACGAGAGAAGUGAAGAUGCCGGACAGCAGCGCGCCACAAAUGGUCUGGGCAGAACACUGCUCACAACGCUCACCGAUGUACUUACGGACAGUUCUUACCUACCCGGACAGCGUGUGGUAAGCUUGCCGUAUCGCUUACAUCCAAAAAUCUUCGUUGCAUGCAUGCGGGUGGACUCCAUGUUUAGUGCGGCGCUAGUACCGAAUCUGGAGGUAACGAUCGACGUGAAGCCAGUGCAGGUGAACCUGUUCAAUCAUGUGUCCGUACAUCCCGACCGACCCUUACCGAAACCGUUCGAACGAUAUCGACUGUGCAGAGAGUCGGCGGAUUUCAAUGCUCACAAAUUCCUAAUGCUUAAUGCACAUCGAUUGCGCGGACAGUGCACGAUUUACGAUAAUCUGGAACUGUUCGUGAGUGCCGAGUUUAAUUUGCACUGCGAUCUGCUCGAUUACAACUACUUUACGUUCGAAAAUGCACUGGAAGUAAGCAAUAUGAAAGCUUACGGAUGGAUUGGUGAACGAUCAGCUGAGCUGCGCACGAUUACGGAUGAUAUUUGCUUACGGUACGGUCCUUCGAUUGGGUACAACCUAGCGGUAGCGGAACGAAUGUGGAAUCGUAGCAUGUCGACGACGGGCGAAGAAUCGUCCUUUGUGUUGUACAGCAGAUAUAUCGUUUGUAAUCGCACACAGUUGGGCAUCAAGUUUGGUCAGACCGGUACCACGGAAAUGAUUUAUCUCGGCCCAAACGAGCUCUGUUUGUACGGAUUUCGAAGUUGCCGCCAACGUCAACAGCUGCAGCUAUACUUCACCGAAGGAAACACACAGGUCACGACGGAACCGUUCGAUGUGUCAACGGACGGUUUACAGCAGGUGUGUGUACAACCGAUCUACGAGGAAGAUAUGGAAGAUGAAAAGAUGCUCCUAAUCCGGACAGAGUCGCUCACCGCAGAUGGUAGCGCUGGCAGUAACAUUCAGCGUACCAUCACAAUCGAAGGACAGAUUAGUUUCUACAAUAUGACUUCGCAGCGACUAAAGUUCCAGUAUCGCUAUUACAAAAUUGUGCCAAACAGUGAUCGUAACUACACGACGACCAACUUCCAGGUGCCCGCAAACGAUAGUGCGAAUUUAUUUUCACCAGCCAACAAUAAAAAUCAGCAAACUAUUAACAUUGCGAUCGAUGGUGAAGAUGGCCGUGUGGUUUGGUCGGGCGAUGUUCCACUGCGCGAAAUUACGAACGGUGGCAGCAUGCCGUACCUGGUGAAGAUACCGACAUCGACGAUAACACGCGAAGGCUACAUUAGCUAUUGGGUGAGGAUUGUGCGAGAAAAGCUGAUCGACAGCAAGGUAGCACCGACGGUGAAUGGUGAAGUGCUCGAACGUGUGCUGGUGAUCGUUUGGCCACUGUUUAUGGUGGAAUCGUUCCUGACCGUUAACACCACGGCGUACGAGGAAAAACUUGAUCAAUCGUUUUCGAUUUACGGACAAGGACAGCGGAGACAACUUAACAUGGCGGGCACAUACUCCGAAGAGCAUGAGCUUUCCUUUCGUAUGGAUUUUAACUCUCCCCGUGGAGAGGACAAACGUAAGGCUCUGCUAUCGUAUCGAUUGAUUGAUGGGAAAACGUUUUUCCAAGUACCGGCCCGAUGCCGUAACGUCGAAAAUGCACUGGAAGCGUUACGGAACGGUCGACGGUUACCCGAUUGGCCUUGCUCGCGGGAGGAAGAGCUACGAUGGAGGCGAGAAAAUUCCAUACAAGAAGCAACGUUCCCGGUGUACCACUGUUCCGCUGCCUACGAAAUGUCCUGCUGUUUGAUGCUUAACAUAGCCCCUUGGGCAUUGUUUAUAAACCAGCUCGGUUGUGAAGUAAGGCUCCGAAAUCAUACAACCAGCGAUGUGAACAUUAUCGCACCGAACAGCCUCAUAAUGCCAUUCCACGUGGAGACGGGUUUUACACUAGAAAUGAGUGUCAGCAUUGGCCAACCGUUGCAUUCCGAACUGAUCUACAUCGACAGCACAGACACGAAGAAACAAUCGACCAACGGAUGUGCCGUUUUACCGCUGGAAGGCUCAAUUGACAUCACUAUUCGUACGGAAUUCGGGAUUAUGAACUUGGUACUGACGUCGCUAACGGAAAACAAAGUGCGUAUCUUUAUUUUGGCUUCCCAGUUCAUCGUGACCAACUAUUCGAGCAUCGAUUUGCACUGUUGGUCGUUCGCAUUGCCAUCGAACGAACGGUUGGAACAGUUUAAGCUAAGCAACUCUGGACCACAUAGUUGCUGCUACAGUCUUCCCAAGAAUGGCGUUAAAAGUGAAAAUCCCAAAGGAACGGUCAUUACGAUGCUUAAUAAUGUGUCACAGCGCAAGGGAAAGAUCAAAUCCAACGCUAACUUCAAUCACUAUUUAACCAUCUACCAGCGGCGCGAGAAUGGUAAUGAAUUUUCCGCCCCAAUAUUCCUCAACAAACCCAUCGCCAGAAAGUGCGUAAGCGUUCCGCAAGAAGAUCCAACCGACCGGCGACGACAGCAUCACGCAUUAUCGCUCUCGAUCGUAUCACACCAAGGUCAGCAGCACGUUUCAAUCUACGACGAUCCGUGCCCAUCGUAUGCCAUCGAAAACAGGACCGAUUUUAACAUGUACGUCGCACAGUCGGACACGGUACAACCGAACAAGGCAGCAACGGCCAUGCCGGAAACGGUCGAAAGUAAUUUCGCCUGGUUCCAGACAGUAGGUUCCCGGCAGACGAUUUUCUACACACCUCCAACACUGGAUGAUAAUUUCCCCGAACCGCAAGAAAUGACCGAAAUAGCAUUGAUAUUUGCGUGCGUCAGUGGCAGUGCAAUCCGGUGGUCACAUCCGGUAAAGAUCGAUGAAGACAAGAGCAUAUUUUUGAACAUUCCACUGUACGGAGAUCUGAAGCUGGCGAUGAGAGUGCGUAACCGUACGACGUUACUGGUGAUCGAUUAUAUUAGUCAGGAUUUAGAGUUUUCAGCGAAGGAUAUACGGACACGUCUUUCGAAUCCGAUUCGUCCUCCGGAAUCAACCACAUCGGUAGCAACGAGUGGAAACUCAUCGGAGUCGACAUCGAGCACAGAUUACCGAUCGAUCGAGUACGAUUCGUCGGAUAAUGAACCGCCAAGCAAUGCGAAAGAGCAGCUCAUUCAGAGCUACUUCCGUACGAUCAUGAUCACUCUGUUCAACGAUGACCCGCUUCAGUCAUGCUUCAAGAAGGACAUAAUCUCGUUCAAUUUCGAACGGAUCGGAUUGAAAGCAAAUCGCGGAUGCAGCACAAACGAAGCCACCCUGCUCUGUGGCAACGUGCAGGUGGACAAUGAACUGCACUCGGGUGGAGAAUACGAUUUCCCGGUCGUACUUUGCAGUGAAGAUCACGAGACGAAGCAGCGCAAAAUGGCGGGACAGUCAUCGCCUAACUUUUACCGAUUAGAGGAUCAACUGGAACAGCUGGCCAAGGUCGCCCUUUGCACCCUAGAGUGUGAUCUCGUGGAGGACGACGAUGAAAGUGGCGGUUGGUCUGGGGUGGAAGCGUUACGUCUUAAGAUCAACCCAAUACGAGCGUACAUUGAAGAUACGUACAUAAACGUCCUGUUGGACUAUCUGAUGGAGUGCAUUCCGACGGGAAUGCUUCACGAACAGCGGGAAAGUGAUACGGCACCGACUCGCAUCCGUUGCCAACCCGGGGAAGUUCUUAUACCGCGAACUGUUACACAGCAGUCAAGUUACCUAGCUGAACCGAUCAAAUUCCGUUCGGUCCGCAUCGAACCGCUCGCCGUACUGCUGUCCGUACACGCUUGCAUGCGGCUGUACAUUGCGCUCGAUCAUAGUCCGCUCGAGUUUGCGGCAUUCGAACGCCGCUCGGUUCGUUCGCUACCGAUCAAGUUCGGUAAUGCGGUCGGCAUGCACUACCUUUCCGGAGCGAUCUUUGGCGGUGGCUGGGUAAUCGGUUCGCUCGAGAUUCUUGGCAGUCCGAGCGGGUUAGCUCGAUCCGUCACGAGCGGUCUGCGCGACUUUGUAUCCUUACCGGUGCAGGGACUGUUCCGUGGUCCUUGGGGUUUCUUGGUCGGAGUGACGCAGGGUUCUGCAUCGCUGAUACGAAACAUUACCGCUGGUACAGUAAACUCCGUGACGAAGUUGGCCCAAUCGGUAUCGCGCAAUCUCGAUCGACUUACCCUCGAUUCGGAACAUGUACAGCGGACGGAUGCUUUACGACGCCGUCGGCCACAGGGCAUGACGGAUGGAUUCACACAGGGUCUUACGGGGCUCGGCAUCAGUUUGCUCGGAGCUGUCGGUGGACUGGCACAUCAUCCGCUGCAAGCAACCAACCCGAUCGGUGUAGUAACAGGCAUGGGUAAAGGCAUCGUGGGAGCAUUUGCUAAACCGAUCAGUGGUGCUGCCGAGCUGGUCGCUUUAACCGGACAAGGAAUGCUGCAGAGCGUCGGGUACAACACCCUGCCCACACCGAAACUCCACUCCCGUCAAUCCUUGCAGCGACUUGAACCGAUCCCUCACAAAGCGCUCUGGGAACCACAAGCCGUUGGUGAAGGAUCGCUGCUCUUCUCCGUCCAGGCAACGCUGGCCACGCACGGCGAAUAUCGGCUAGUGCUGGUGGCCAUCUACAGUAAAGCGUUCGUGCUUUACGAUGUACACGAAUGUCAGCUGCUUGAGGUGCUCGACCCUAAGACGGUGUUUUUCGACACGGACGAGGACAGUGAUGCGACACGGCUCGUUAUACGUGUACGUCCAAAGUUGCCGCCUCCACCUUGCUCGGACUAUGAUCAGUAUCCGAUUUCGAGCCGAACGUACGAUUUUGUGCGCGAUUCAACGAUGCAACUUCCACGCAUCAUUGGUAAUGUGGCGCAGUCCUCCUACGGAAAGGCCGGCACAGGGAACAGGCCAAAUAUCUCAACAACUAACGUGAGACAGUUGGAGCAAAACGAGGACCCGGUGGUCGGUUUGGAUGAUAGUGUGAUCGAGCCAACAGUAAUCGAUCAGCAAUCGGUCGUGCUAGAUAUCGAACGAUCGUCCAGUGCUACUAGCGGCCCACCAGACGAUGGAAUGGACCGAUCGGGACUGCUGCUGAAUGAUGAAACCAGUUCAACUACAGCGAUGGACCGAAUGCUGGAAGACGAUUGUGAUGAAACCGAACGGGACGAUGCGUCGAGUGAUGAUAGUGAGCGGAAGAUUGUGAUCUUUCUGGACGAAAAUCUGGUCCAGUAUCUUAUCACGUACGUGAAUCUAUUGAAGCGUACCGUGGACGGUGAGUUUGGACGGAGCAAACCGGAAGAUGGCGUAGCUUUUCUUCCAUUCGAGUGUUAG